UCGAGCAGUAGCCACCUAACCCUUCGUCAAUGGAUCACCUUUUCGUCUCCGUCCUCCUCCUCUUGUGUUCGGUGGCGGCCGCCUCUUCUUUCUCCGGCAUCGCCGCAGGAGCCGACGGCGAUCCGCUGAUCCUGCAGGUGGUGGACGACGAGAAGGGCGAGCUGGCGCUGAGCGCGGAGGCGCACUUCGCCAGCUUCGUGAGGCGGUUCGGGAAGACGUACGCCGACGAGGAGGAGCGCGACCUCCGGUUCAAGGUGUUCAAGGCGAACCUGCACCGGGCGGCGCGGUACCAGCGGCUCGACCCCACCGCCAUCCACGGCGUCACCAAGUUCUCCGACCUUACCCCCGCCGAGUUCCGCCGCGCUUACCUCGGCCUCCGCCGCCCCGAGGCCCACAAGUCCACCCACGAGGCCCCCAUCCUCCCCACCGACGAUCUCCCCACUGAUUUCGACUGGAGGGACUAUGGCGCCGUCACCGGCGUCAAGAAUCAGGGUUCUUGUGGCUCGUGCUGGUCCUUCAGCACCGCAGGGGCUCUGGAAGGGGCGAACUUUUUGGCCACCGGAAAGCUAGAAAGCCUCAGCGAGCAGCAGCUCGUGGAUUGCGAUCAUGAGUGUGAUUCAGAUGAACCUGAUGCAUGCGACCAAGGAUGCAAUGGCGGUCUUAUGACAACUGCAUUCCAGUAUUUACUGAAAUCUGGUGGGCUUGAGCGGGAGGAAGACUACCCUUACACUGGGACAGACCGUGGUUCUUGCAAGUUUGACAAGUCGAAAAUUGCUGCUUCAGUUCAAAACUUCAGUGUUAUCUCCACUAAUGAAGAUCAAAUUGCUGCAAACCUUGUGAAACAUGGCCCUCUUGCAAUUGGUAUAAAUUCAGUGUUCAUGCAAACAUAUAUAGGAGGUGUCUCAUGCCCUUAUAUUUGUGGAAGGCAUUUGGAUCAUGGUGUGCUCCUGGUGGGCUAUGGUUCUGCUGGUUAUUCACCAAUUCGCCUAAAGGACAAGCCCUUCUGGAUCAUAAAGAACUCCUGGGGUGAAAACUGGGGAGAGCAUGGCUACUACAAGAUCUGCAGGGGUCGAAAUAUAUGUGGAGUGGAUUCCAUGGUCUCUUCUGUGAGUGCAAUUCACACUCAACAAGAUCAGUAAAGAUCAUCUGCCCUUGUGCACUGUGAUGGAUGUAUUGAUGCAAAGGGGCAUACUCUUAACUCCAUAACCAUGGAGUUAUUUCUGGCAUCUAAAACUGCUUGUAGUUAUUGAAAGAUACUAUUAUUUGCCAGCUUCCAUGCAAACACUAGGUUGUAGUACGUGUAUGUUCAUGUGGUGUUGUAAGUUCUCUUUGAUGUAAAAGCUAUAUGUAAAAAUGAUUUCAUGGUUUCUGUUA